GUUGAGUGCGAGGAAAGAAGGAGUUGAAUUGAGUUGGAGUGUACAUGAGUGAUAUGCUUCCCAACGUAUCCAGCGGUAUUUCAGUAUUGUUUUGGAGUGAAAGAUAACAAAACUUGAGGCGAUAUUUUGUGAGACGGGUGGAGCGGAAUAGUACAUUCAGUAAUACCUAAAAAUUUAAGGAGCGAGAAAAAAGUGCAGUGGUGGAUCCAAAGGUCCACAGCCACAACGUUAUCAACAGAAACAACAAAUGGAAAAACGUGGGAUGUGUGGCGAACGCGCCGGCGGCUGCAACAAAAUAUCUGGCGGUCAUUGCUUGGAGAUAUUAUCAGCCCGUCUGACGUGGGCCGUUCCUGACACGUGUAAAAGCGCUUCCAUGUGGAGCCUACGCUUCAUUUUCUCUUCUCACCUUCUCGCUUCCCUCCCUCUCUCUCUCUCAAGAAAUUUUUUCUUCGCAAGUUUUUUUUUUUCUUUUUUUGUUGUCUUUUUUUUUUUUCAGUAUUUCCUGUUUGAUUAACACAAUCCGCAUUCUGGUAUACUGCUUAUGGAAGGAAAUUUAUGGACGGGGAAGCCGCAUCCCUUGCCGGCGGCGAAUAUAGGUCGCAACUAUGAGUUGACUCGGUCCAACUCAGAUGCGUCAGUGUUGACUGCUGAGAAUUGCAAAGAUAUUUUGUGUCGCUCGGCGAAUGUGGCGCCGGACGACUGCUCUGCAUGGACAGAUGAGAAGCACAACUUAUAUCUUCAUCGUCUGGAAGUGUCAUUUGUUGAACAGCUGAAACAAUCGAAGUAUUUGCUUGCACAAUUCUCGGUGGAGAACCAGAGACACACAAAUAUAUCUGAAAAGCAGCUGAUCAACGUGAGCAAUGCUUUUGAGCAGUUUAAUGUUUUAUGGAACGGCGGUUGGCAAAAGAUAAACUGUGUAGUGGAUGAGCCUUUUUCCAGUAGUGUUUCAGCUGAUUCACGCACUCCUAUUAAGAGUAAAGGGAUGUGUAAUCUCAAGCACAUGCGCAUGCACUAUCCUCCAUCAUCAACUGAAAUGGCGGAAUUUCUGAAGCUUUGCAGUAGAGAGAAACAUGGUAAAAGGAUAAUAUCUCAUGGAUUUGCGACAUGUUCACAGCAGUUUUCUUCUGGUAAUCCGUACCAGGGGGAUUUAUUUGACAUAAAGAAAGAGGGAAUGGGUCAGAAUUUUUUGGAUGAAGACAACCAAAAUAUAUCAAAUUCUGGAUCUCGGGCAAAAAGGCUCAGGACAGCAUCUUAUAGUCAGGAUCAAAUUGUGCCUUCCAGGAAAUUGCCUACAGCAGAUUAUUCAGUGAUAAAUAAUAUCACUCUUGGAGAAGAACUAGCACGUCAUGAAUCCGUGUCUGGAAAAUAUUGAGAACUUUGGUCCUCUAACUUGAUAUUCUUUUGAUAACCGAGCUGCUGUGAUAAUUGCUUUUAGAAGAUUAGCACGAUGAGCACAAUGAAUGCAGGCUUUUGAUUUCUUCUGUCAGUGCUCAUCUGAAGGAACAAUUUUCAAGCCAGAUCCAGGUGAUUUGCAAGUGAAAAGAAUGAAAUCCUUGGAUGUUCUGCUUUCGUGAGUUCUCGAGCAUAUGGUUUCAGCUAUAGUAGGAACACGAUUUCAUUCUUGCGUGAAAUUUAUUUGUUUGACUGUAGAUUGGAUGGAGAUAUAAAGGUAGAUGUAUAUAUACUUGAUGUCUUGGUGUUGGGCUUUAUGUAGGAGACAAAUGAUUCAAUGUAUGUGUUGGCUACAUCUCAAUUUUGCGACUUGUCCAUAGUCUGGAGUUGGUGGAUUGCCUACUCCAAAUGUGUAUUCCGUUGUCUAUAAAUUCCAGUUGACAAAUGAUUAAACCCUUGGUACUUAAUUUUUUCAGUCAGAUUCUAUGUAGUUAGUCUUGGUGGACGUGGUAGGCAAGAGCAGCCAACUGUUUUUGUUGCCUUGUCCCUUGUUAGAGGAACCUAUUUGCUAUCCUAUAGGUAUCAUGUGUUAGUUGUGAAUCAUGAAGCCUGAAGCCUUCUGCAUUUUG